AUGCCUGAAGCUGUGCCCCCAACAGAUCCGACGCUCGUCCAGAAUCUUGUCUACCCUGUAUUCCUUUUCACCAUCUACAAGGAAUCCUGGGGGUUGCCAGUUAGGUCGGGAUUGGCUCGGCAGUGGAUUCUUAGCUGCCAGAUGCAGAACCUACACGCUUAA